AUGCAUUACGCGGUUGGAAGACCUUUAGAUUUGGAUGCAGCUAUGAAAAUGAACAGUAGCAAUAGAAGAUCCAGUUACUAUGAAACAGAAAGUGAUGGAUCCGACGAAGAUGAUGGUGAAAUUGUGGAGACUUUUACUUUUGCAAAGAACAUCCCCAACCCUAGAGAUGUCUUGACUGGUCCUCCUGUCAACAAUGCACGUCCUGCUGAUUACUUGCGCAUCAUUGGCAACGAUACAGAUACUGAAUGUAGCUUGAUUGAUAGACAAAUCAAGAUUGUAGGUACAAGCGAAGAGGCAGUCAAAGAAGCUCUCGAAAGAUUUAGAAAUCUUCAAACUAUCUAUAAACGUCGCAAACGAAACACAAUUUGCGUACCUUGUAUACACUGUCCUGACGAUGGAGCACCUCCUUUUGGACUCUAUUUCUGCAGCUUAGAAAGAUACGCUCAUCACCUUCAUUUUGCAGAUCUUUUGGAACCUCCUUCAGCACCUCUACAUGUUAUCAUUCCAUCCUUCAAAAACAAUGCUGGUAGUUUCCAAAAGCCCUUUGAACUUAUUGAUGCGGUUCCAAAGACCAUAGCACCUCUGCAACAACAAUGGGUUCAACGUCAAGCACCCGUACGUUCUUCUUCUCAACAAAAACUCUCAAUUGAUGAAAGAAUGAGGUUGGCUUCUUUGGAACAUAAAAAAGCUUCCUUUGGUAAUCCUAAUUAUGGUAUGGCUCCUGAUCAAAGACCUUUGUGGGGCGAAAACAAGACUUUUGUUGUUAAUCCAAGUGCACAAAGUAUAGCUAAGCAGCAGCAGCAGCAACAGGUUUCUGCUGCUCCUGCUGAGCCUGUUGAUGAUUUCCCUGCACUUCCAACUGCUCCUCGUGUAGCUAUGCCAAAGAAAGGUUCUGCUCGUCGUGUGAUGCGUUUAACAAGCCAAAAGGCAUCUCCAGCUACUGCAAAGCAAUCCCCUCAUAACCAUCUCAAAGCUGUCAAAGAAUACAAUCUCUUUAAUAUCAAGUCUGCCUUAGAAGAUGGUCUUACAGGCGUACGUGGAUUUAAGGGCGAUAUCAAAUUAAGUGCAAAACUUGGUAAAGUCUUUUGGAAUAAAGUUACGCCCGAAAUACAAAAGCAAAUAUGGAAUUUCCAGGAUUUAAAAGACAUUUUGGUUAAAGAACACGGUAUAAGUCCCAAAUUCAAUAAUGUAACUACUAAAUCAGAUGAUAUUAUUGCCAAAAUGUCUGAUAUCUUGCCUUCACCUUACAGUCGUACUGCGUAUUUUGAAAUUCAUGCACAAGCGCGUAAUCAACCUCUUGUCCCUUAUCAGCCUGUUGUGAUGUACAUGCACCAAGGUGUUGUUGAAUUGAAAAAAGUAGUGACAAACACGAACAAAAUUGUUGAAAUCGAUUGGGUAUCACUUAAAAGUAGAAAAUUCGACUUCCAAAUGUUAUUAAAAACUGAACAAACAACUCGAACUGAUGUAAAGCCAUACACUACUUUUAUCAAGAAAGUCUCUGUCAGUCCUGUCACUCGUCAGAUCACUUUUGAGAAUGUACCUGACUUUUUAGAAGUUGAGUACAUCUUGUUGAAGCAAACAACAAAAUACAGAAUUCAUUUUCCAUUUGUUGUUGAAAUCACUCGUGUUGAGAAAUUGCCUUUGUCUCCUCAAAAGUUUGGUAAUUAUGGUAUUGAUAAGAUUCUGGGUGAUACUGGUAAAGGUCAAUUUUGGUACGAUAUGGAGGUCUUUUAUUCUACAUAUGACGAAAUCUUUAAAUCAAACCAUAGUUUGCCUACUGGUAAACUUGCUUCUUGGACUGUACAAGACGUUUUAGGCAGUGGCAAUGAUGCUUCUGAUGCCCUUGUGGAAUACAUUCGUUGUUUGUUAAUGAUUGUUGAGAAAUGUGAAACUGCUGUAAAUGCUCCUUCGUCUCAAGAAUAA